UAACACUCUUUCGAAAAAAGAAAGUGAUCAUGUGUCAUUUCAGGCAUCAAAUUGGUCUAGGCAAGGGAAAAGUAUUCAGUGUUUUUGCACGAGCUCUGGGCUCUGAAUGGCGCCUCUUCCACUAAUCAGAAAAACUUUAGAGCCGGCAGGGUCUUUAAAGAUCAUUAUUUUAUACCUCAGUUUACAGGUAAGAACCUGAGGCCCAGAGAGAGUAAAUGACCUGUUGAAGGUCCGGAGCUUUCCAGACACCGCUGCAGGAUCUUUCCCCAACUUCACUAUUAUGGAGGCUGCUUUCUAUAUGCCAUUCUCUUCUUCCUACGAUCCUCACAAAAAUAAUUUCCAGUUUUUUGGAAAGAUUACUGGAAAAUCUCGGGGCUUAUGAGAUGUUUUAUUUCCUUUCCUAACCCCUUUUCCUUGCUUCCGAUGCGUCCCCGCCGUCCGCGGAGCCGCUGGAAGAGGCAGCGGGCAAGGGCCAGGCUCCUUCUCCGGGAGAGACGGGUGGUGGCCCCAGCUGACCACUUCCGGCGGCCAAAGGCCCCGGCCUGGAUCAUCCUCGGGCUCCUGGGCCGCGUGAUGCAGCCCAAAAAAGGUGCAGCAUCGCACGUGUCCCCGCCAGCGUCCGCGCCUCGCGCGUCCAGGCCUCGCGCGCUGCCGCCCAAUCGCCGCGGCCGCCUGGCGCUCGGGUCGCGUCCGCCGGUCGCAGGGACACUGGAGCCCGGGAGCCGCGCCGCCCGCCGCCAUGCGGUUCCGCUUCGGGGUGGUGGUGCCGCCCGCGGUGGCCGGGGCCGGGCCGGAGCUGCUGGUCGUGGGGUCUCGGCCUGAGCUGGGGCACUGGGAGCCGCGCGGGGCGGUGCGCCUGAGGCCGGCGGGCACGGCGGCGGGCGCGGGGGCGCUGGCGCUGCAGGAGCCGGGCCUGUGGCUCGGGGAGGUGGAGCUGGCGGCCGAGGAGGCGGCGCAGGACGGGGCGGAGCCGGGCCGCGUGGACACGUUCUGGUACAAGUUCCUGAAGCGCGAGCCGGGAGGAGAGCUCUCCUGGGAAGUCGUGAAAUCCAGUUGUUUUACAGUGCUUGCUUUAGAAUUUGGCAAUGGGCCUCACCACGACCGUUGCUGUAUUUAUAAUGAAAACAACUUGGUGGAUGGUGUUUAUUGUCUCCCAGUAGGACACUGGAUCGAGGCCACUGGGCACACCAAUGAGAUGAAGCACACAACAGACUUCUAUUUUAAUAUUGCAGGCCACCAAGCCAUGCAUUAUUCAAGAAUUCUACCAAAUAUCUGGCUGGGUAGCUGCCCUCGCCAAGUGGAACAUGUAACCAUCAAACUGAAGCAUGAACUGGGGAUUACGGCUGUAAUGAAUUUCCAGACGGAAUGGGAUAUUGUACAGAAUUCCUCAGGCUGUAACCGCUACCCAGAACCCAUGACUCCUGACACUAUGAUUAAGCUGUAUAAGGAAGAAGGCUUGGCCUACAUCUGGAUGCCGACACCGGAUAUGAGCACUGAAGGCCGCAUCCAGAUGCUGCCGCAGGCGGUGUGUCUCCUCCACGCGCUGCUUGAGAACGGACACACCGUGUACGUGCACUGCAACGCCGGGGUGGGCCGCUCCACCGCCGCCGUCUGCGGCUGGCUCCAGUACGUGCUGGGCUGGAAUCGCAGGAAGGUGCAGUACUUCCUCGUGGCCAAAAGGCCGGCUGUGUACAUUGAUGAAGACGCCUUGGCCCAGGCAGAGGAAGACUUUUAUCAGAAAUUUGGGAAGGUUCGGUCUUCCAUAUGCGGUGUAUAGGUGAUGGAUCUGCCUCCGCUCCCUCCCGGUUUCCUUACGAAGCCUGGAGUGCUGCUUGUAAAUGACCUAGAAACCAAGAUUCUUCCUCAACUGGAAAGACGGGUCCUGGCUUCUCCCCUGACCUGCCUUCUUUAGUCUGGCACUGACUUUUGGUUACGCUUUGGUUGAACUGUAUCUUCCUUGGAAUAUUUUACAAAGGAAGCUGUAACUGACACACAAGAAGAGUCCACAAGCAGCUGGACUGUGCAGUGUGGUUCUGGCAUCAGACAGAAGGUGAAUGGGUGCAGUUCUGUGCCUGCAGGUGGCUCGGCCCCUUCAGCAUGCUGGCUGCUUUGCGGUACUGUGACCGCACGACUGCCCUUGCUUGUUGCGUUGUGACUUGG